UUUGCUUUUAGGUUUUGUUUCAGUUGCGAUUUGCUGCUGGAUAAUGUAGGAGCGGUCUGUGUACUCGGUAUUGCGGAAAUCUUCAACUAAUGGCUUUUUGAAUGCAGUUAGCUGUUCUUACCACGUACUAGCCUAAAAUAGGUUCGAGAUUUAAUCACUUGUACAAGGUGAUCCACCAGAUCAGCACGUCCACUUCCAGCCCUCAUAUCCGAUCGACCGCCUCCACGUGCGUGAGCGCCGCCCCUACAGUGGGUGGUUCUAACGCGGCCACGCCCUCUGCCGACGAAGAUUCGCCGCCUGGAGUGGGCGGUGCCUUGGGUGCCGGACACCAGUCGGAGGACGACGGAUACAUGAGUAUGAAUGGGAGAAGGCAGAGGGACAGACACAAAUACGCAGCGGCGGCAGCAGCAGCUGGGUUCGGAGCUGUGCAAGAACACCAGGAAGCCAUAAUUAGAGGACGAGACGAAGUUGACGAUGACUUCCCCCCGCCACCGGAAGAAGCACAGAGACUUAUCGCCACACUGCUCCCCAAGGUAUCACCUUCGCAUAGACCGAAGUUGCAAAACAUUGGUCGAUAUGGACAAAACAGGUCGUUUCCUUUGACUCAAUUGUCGCCUCGUUCUGAAUGCAUCCCACCUCCACACAAUUUUCAAAAUUUCAACGGAAUGGCCGUUCAAGAUCAAACGCACACUGCCACCCAAACAACCCUGCCAAAAACCAAGCACCAACGCCCUUACGGAUGGUCCAACAACAGUGGCGGCGAAUUCGUUUUACGUGCCCCACCCCCACCUCCAGGGUACCGUUUCGGUAGUUUACCGUUCCAACAGCACGCCACUGGACCUGGAUUCCCUAUCACAUCACCAACAAGGCUGCCUCCUAGAACGGUGCCCACUACGGCUGCAGAGAGGCAUCGCGAGGUCAAGAGACAUGGUAGCGAAGACAAUCUUUCUAGCGACUUGGACGACGGUCCAGGUGUUCUGCGCCCGCUGAGUGAACUAGCGGACGAUGAGCAUUUUUCCGAUGACUCUUUGGAAGAGGCACUGCCACCUCCUCCACCGCCAGUGUGUAACAAAAGGGCCAGCAUCGCAUGGGAGGUACCUCUUGAUGAUGAGGCUCUUUUAACGCCAGUUGUUCCAGGCAGUACGAAAGUGAUUGGCAGGCGGAGAAGGAAAUCAGGGUCUUACUCCAGCACGAGUUCUAUUCCGAACCGACUGAAAGAGCUGGAUGAUUGGCCUGAUCCUCCUCCAUGUACCACUGAAGAUGAAGUUACGUCACCGUUCUCGGAUUCUGAUGACCACAUCAUGUUACCGCCUGAGCUGAACUCAGCCAACUUGUCUGGAAAUAGUACUUAUAUUAUUAGAAGAGGUAAAGGUAAAAAGGAUCGUAAGAAUAUAGGAAACCUGGGUAGCUCUUUAACGUCAAAUUCCUCACUUAACUCCCGACUUAGCUCAGAACUAAGCAUCUCAAACACCCGCUUCAGUAGUGAUAUGAACUCAAGGUUGAGUCGAGAGUUGCAAACUCCUAACUCCAGGUAUAGCAUAGAUUUAAGUACACCUCACUCGAGGUUGAGUCAAGAAUUAAAUUCACCGAAAUCAAGAUACAGCUUGGAUCUCAAUAACUCUAGGUUGAUGAGUCAAGACUUGAGCAGCUCACCAUCAAGACUAAGCGUAGAUCUAUCGAGUAGCAGAUCGAGUACUCCGAGCAAGCACAACAAUGAAAUCAAGAGACAUAGCACAACCUUUGAUAAUAUUAAAUCAUUAGUUAGGGAAGGACUGAUUCAUGACUCUCCAAAAAUGGAAACAGCGAUGGAUCUGAACACACCUUUGUCGCCUAUAGUUAGAGUAGUCUCCCUCCCAAGCCUGAAUGCUGAAGACUUAACACCCAGACGUGAACUAGACGUAACAGUAGAAGAGGAAGAAGAAGCAGAAAGUUCCCAACCUAGCACGGAAAUAUCACCUUUAAGGCAAAUCGAGCAAAAUAUCAGCGAAUUACUUGAAAGGAGAGAUAUUGAAGUUGUUCAGGACGAGCAGUUCAUACUGAAUGGAAUGGAAAGUUUGAACAGGGACAAAAAGGAUAAGAAAAAACCGCCGUCCAAACCAACGAGGGACUCGAGAGGAAAGAAUGAUCUGCAGAAGUCGAGUAGUCACAACGAGAUUCAGAAAUCGGAGGAAUACUAUCGGCAACUGCUGAUGGAAGGUGGUAAUCCGUUUCCGAAACGAAAUGGCAUCCAGAAAUCAGAAAGCGCCAAAGAAAUGAAACUGACACACCAGCAACGGGAUCCCAGACAGUACCUUCCUAUGCCCACUUCCACGUCAGCGGACUUUCCCGCAGUACGAGCCGAGGUUCAUGCCGAGAAAAACGAUCUACCUCCGCUGCCACCAUCGCCUGUGGAAGAGGACGAUGACGAAUAUCAAGAAGUGGUGGAUGCUAGAAAACAAAGAGCAGGAACACUUCCUGAAGCUCCAGCUGUACCUCCUCACAGUAGCCUCAGGACACGGUCAAUGGAUGCAAAUUAUAAUAGAGGUCGCCAUCGUAAUUACUGUCCUUCCGGUACGGCCUCCUCUACGUCGUCUUCCAGGCAUACGACGCUCCCCGAAGUUCCCCCACAUCGCGCUCCUAGACGACCUUUCGCUAAACAGCGGUCAGCUGCAGGCAGUCCGCAAGAUGAGAUGCCCCCUCCGUUGCCUGCUCAUGGUCUUCAGACUUCAUGCAGCUUACCAGAAACACCAAUAUUCGCAAGAGGCUGUGAUGUGCCGAGGACACCUCAUCGGAAGGCACCUGACGUUCCAGGUGGGGGUAGUCAAACGGCACCCAGGCAAAGCAAUACCAUAGGUAGCCUAAAUACUGUGAGCAACUUGUCCACAUCAGGUUAUCGACGAGGUACAUCACAAAGUGGUCUGGAGCAGGCGAUUGUUGGAGCUGAACUCCUACGCUUGGCCGGUGGACCUGGCAGGGGCUGGUAUCCCAAACAAAGACAAAGGAGGCCUGCAUCGAUUGAGCACUUAGACAGGACAUCUGCCAAUCGCACUCCAUGGGAGUCCAGUAGGAAACCUCUUACGUUACCUCCUAAUCUCACCCCCAAGUUCUUCCAAAGAUCCCCUAGAGACGCUUUAAGACGGGUAACAAGCUUGCUUAUUAAAAAAGGAAACAAUGGCAAAGAAACGAAGAAGGAAAAGGACGCCGUAUCACCGACGAUCCACGAAAAUGCAAAUGGUGAGGAAGUUCAAAAGAAAAAAGGGUUUUUCAAGAAUUUCUGGAAGCGGUCUAGGCACUACUCUUUAGAGCAACAAUAGACUAUCCUUACGUAUAUAUUAUAUAUAGAUCAUUUUUGUGUAUAUUUUAUAUAACAAUAUAAUUUCAUAUUCCUAACCAACAUUAUUACAUUUGUAACGCUGAUGAAUGAAUUUUCAACAAUUAUAUUAAAUUGUGGCACUUGAAAUCCUCAAUAUACAGGGUGAAUUGCUAAUAUAUGAAUUUCUGCCGACCUCCAUUUAUAUUUAUUUUGGUACUUGUGGCUAGAUGAAAGCACCCUGUAGAUGUAGAUAUUAAUUUAUUACAUGUAACAAAUUCUUAGAACACUUGUAUUGGUAUUUCCAACUAAUUUUCUUACUUCUUUAUGAAUGUCAAGAGAUAUUUGUAUGAAUUCUGGCAAGUUUUUAAUUCAUAAUACAAAGUACCAACGUAAGCCACAACAGAAUGCAGGGUACAGUGGCGUACGGAUGCAGUAUGGGAUUGUCUUCCAUUAUGACGCUUGACUAUAAUUAUAUUUCAGAAAUUAUGACGUUGCUCUAAUGUUUUUAAAAUCUCAUUAUAUUUCUUUCGAUAAAAGUAUCGAUUUUCCCUCGGCAAGAACAAUAAAAUAUCGCAUUAUGUUGAAUAAAAUAUUGUUGCUGAAUUAAAUUGCAAGUCCAAACCUGCAGAUAAUUUUUGGCAUUCAUAUCAACAUAUUUUGUUUUGCUUUGGAGUAUUGUAUAAUUGUAUAUUGAUUUAAUUUAUAUUGAACAUAAUUCUUGUCCGUGUGUUUUAUGGUUUAAUAUACUAAGUUAACAAUUAA